AUGAAUAAAGUUCUCUGUGUAUUGCUUUUUCAACCUUUUAAACUCAAAUUACUAAGAANCCCUCCAUCCAACGCCACCGCCCAGGUGGCCCUCCGAGGAAUCCUCGCAAACUCCUCCGACUCCGUCCGCCACGCCCUCAGCCGCCGUCGCCCCUGGUCCGAGCUCCUUGACCGCUCCUCGUUCUCGACGCCGCAGUCCUUCUCCGAUGGUACCCUUCGUCUCCGCAAGAACCUCCCAUACUUCCGCAUCAACUAUUACGCCGUCGUUUCCCUCACCGUCGCCGUAUGUCUCCUCUCCAACCCUUCCUCCCUCGUAAUCCUCCUUCUCCUCCUCUCCGCAUGGCUCUCUCUCUACCUCCUCCGUCCCUCCGACAUACCUUUGGUCCUUCUUGGACGCACCUUCUCCGACUUCGAGACGCUCUCAGUCCUAACCGUUUUAACCGUCUUCGUUGUGUUCCUCACUUCCGUUGGAACCGUUGUCUUCUCCGCCAUGCUCGUUGGGGUCUCCGUCGUCGUCGCACAUGCAGCGCUUAGGGUUCCGGAGGAUCUGUUUCUUGAGCAGAAAGAGGGCUCCCAAUCUCAUUCAGUUGGUUUGUUUUCGUUCCUCCGCGGUGCCGCUAUCAAUGCUGCAGUGUCUGCCGCUGCGGCGCCCAACACAGUUGCUGCUCGUGGUUGACGGUUCUCUCUUCCAAUUCAUUUGAAGAACUUUAAAGGAGGUGACUAUACAUAUAUCGUCUUUAUAUGAACACAUCAGCCACUAUAAAGAAUAAAACAAAGGAGGAUUGUUUGAUGCGUAGAAGAAUAUGGGAUCUAUUCUUUUACUUUUGAGUUUUAUAUCUAAAAUUUAAAAGACACUUAUAGCACACACCUAAAAUAAAAUUUCAGAAUGUUAAUAUAUUAUUUUAAAUCUUUAUUUCAUG